AUGGCAAACAUGAGUCAAUUACCAAUUAGUAUUGGCCCAGACAAAGAGGGGAAUUUUACACAUGCAAUGCAACUAUUGUCAUCAUCAGUACUUCCCUUUGUGUUGCAUUCAACAAUUGAAUUGAAUGUAUUUGAGAUCUUAGCCAAAGCUAGUGAUACUCAACUUUCUUCUUCUCAAAUUGUUGCUAAAAUGGAUUGCAACAACCCUAUUGAUGCAGCCAAUAUGUUAGUCAGAAUGCUUUAUCUCUUGGCUACUUAUUCUUUGCUCACUUGCUCCAUUAAUAAUAAUAAUAAUAAUGUUAGACUCUAUGGUCUUUCACCAGUGGGAAAGAUGUUUGUUAGUGAUAAUGAAGAUGGUGCAUCUUUGAGGCCUCUCUUGGAUUUGCUUCAACAGAAAGUAGUCAUUAACACCUGGUUUGGAUUAAAAGAUGCAGUUCUUGAAGGAGGAGUUCCAUUUGAAAGGAUUCAUGGUGUAAAUACAUUUGAAUAUUUUAAGACGGAUCACAUUUAUAAUGAUGUUUUUAACAAGGCAAUGUUUAAUCAUACAACUCUAAUGAUGAAAAAUAUACUAGACAAAUACAAGGGCUUUGAGAACAUCAAGACUUUGGUUGAUGUGGGAGGUGGUCUUGGAUCCAACCUCAAGAUGAUUACAACUAAAUACCCAACUAUUAAGGGCACUAAUUUUGAUCAUAUGUGCGUUUUGGAUCAUUGGGCGGCAUACUUAUGCUUCGCGAAACUGAUUGGCGAAGCGCUGACUGCUCCUUUCAUCACCUUUUUGAUCGUUUUACUUUAG